AAGCCCAUGUGCAUCCCACAGUCCAGCAUGAUGUUCUUGCCACCAAUAGAGACAAGGAUACAGCUGCGGCCAACAUCCUGGCCGGCUCCUUAUGGUAACAAAACAAACGCGUCGCUGCGUCAGAAGUGUGCGCACUAGUAACCGGGAUCAAACACCGGAACGGUUCUGUCACCUGCCGGAGAUCACUUCCGUAAAGACGAUCAUGGCUGGUUCUGCUGUUAUAGAAGAGCAGAAGUUCUCCCUGCAGGAGGUUCUGGACACUUUCAAAUUGUGUCUCUCGGAAAACCAAGACGUCUACGUUGAACACUACGUUGCUGGUUGGCGUGGCCUCGUCAAGUUCAUGAACAGCUUAGGAAAUGUCUUCACCUUCAUCUCCAAGGACGCUGUCAACAAAAUCCAGAUCCUCGUCAACUUCCUAAACGGGGAGAACGGCUCCCACUACGUCACCAUCCAGUCCAUGGUGAAGUACGAGCUGGACAACCAGCUGGUGGACCUGGACAAGAGGGGCAGCCACCCGGAGUCAGGCAGCCGCACCUUGCUCCGUCUCCACCGAGCGCUGAGGUGGCUGGAGCUCUUCCUCGAGCGGCUGCGCACCAGCACGGAGGACAGCAAGACGUCGGUCAUGUGCGCCGACGCCUACAACGAGUCCCUCUCCCAGCACCACCCCUGGGUGAUCCGCAAGGCGGCGGGCAUGGCCUUCUGCGUCCUCCCCGGGCGCCCCACCUUCUUCGAGGUGAUGAACGUGGGCGGCGCGGAGAAGGUGGUGGACAUGCUGGGCGACGCCGUCCCUAUGAUCUCCAAGGUGUACCAGAUCACGGAGGAUCUGUACUCGCAGAAUAAUUUACUGGAGUUACCUUAAUAAUGGGACAUGGGUGUGAAAGGAGAGGUGACAGGCAGGGUUCAUGUUUCAAGGUUCUUGUCAACUUUAGUGGGACAGUUUGUACUGCAGACUUGCCCUUGAUCAAUUUUAACAACUCAAAUGCUAUUGCAUUUGAUGUAUUAUUAAACAUACUCUGGUGACACUAAUACUACUCUUAUACAAUGCCGAUACAAUGAUUGGGACUGUUUUGAUUAUUAUCACACUUGUUUAUGGUCUUUAUAUGUAUGUGAAGGUUUAUUUAAUUUGACGAAGACAGUUUAUUUUAUAGUUUCACUAAAUCUUUACUCAAUUGUGUUUGUAACAAUCGUUUUUUAAAAGCUGUUAACAUUUUUAUUAAAAGUAUUACGAACCGAAUGGUAUCAUCAGUUCAGGAAGCUUUCCAUUAGUGAGCAGAUACACAAACCGACCAGCAGGGGGAGCCUUCUAUUCACAAGUGGUCGUCAAGGUUACCAGACCUUUUUGUAACAACUAGUGCUGAACGGAACUAGCUCGGCAGGAGCUCAGCUACUUUACCGAGAAUAACUUAAAACUCGGCUGAAAACAACCUUCAAACAUAAACCAAGACCUAACCCAAGAAACAACUGUGGGGACUCAUUUGUUUAUUUUUUGUUUUAACAUUAAAACAACCAAAUCGGCACUUAAAUGAAUUCAAC